AUCAUGUUUGCUUAUUAUUAAUACCCGGUAAUUCAGGUUUAGCAGGACUUCGAGUUGGAUAUGGAGCAUUUCCAUUGAGCAUUAUUGAAUAUUUAUGGAGGGCCAAGCAACCAUAUAAUGUGUCCGUUGCUGCUGAAAUUUCAGCGUGUGCAGCCUUAAAGAAUCCGGUGUAUCUAGAGAAUAUUAAAGUGGCUUUGGUGCAAGAAAGGGAGCGACUUUUUAAACUUUUGAGAGAAGUACCAUUUCUCAAUCCAUAUCCAAGCUAUUCUAAUUUCAUUCUUUGUGAGGUUACAUCUGGAAUGGAUGCUAAGAAGUUGAAGGAAGACCUUGCGAAAAUGGCCGUGAUGAUUCGUCACUACAAUAAUAAAGAACUGUCCGGAUACGUUCGGGUCUCUGUUGGGAAGCCCGAGCACACUGAUGCCUUGAUGGAGUGUCUCAAAAGCCUAUAUUAAUUCUAUUCGAGCGGUAGGUGAGAACGAAAUUCUCUUUGCAUCAAAGGUUUAAUUCAGUAAAAUAUCAGUCAACUAUCGUUCUUUGAUGAAGGAUUAAUUUUCCAGGGUAUCAAUUAGAAUCUUUGGGUAUAUUUACUAUGUUGAAUUAGACAAGACAAUGAAAACACAUUCAACGGUUAAGUCCGGUCAAAUGUACCAUGGCGAAUGUGGUUUUCUUGAAAUCACCAUAUGAAUAAAAUUACAUUUUGACUGUUUAUGUAAAUAAAUCUAAA